AUGACCCCUCCACUACUAAUACCACCACCGCCCUCCUUCCUCGCCAAGAAAACGCGCAUACUAUCGCAACUCGCAGUCCCAGACUCGCAAUACGACGACCUGUCGCCUAAAGGAUCAAUCGAUGAGGGGAUCCGUGAUCUGAUUGCGGAGAUUAAUGGGAUUGAGGGAUGUGUGACGACGAGUAGUUGUGCGGGGAGAGUGAGUGUGUUUUUGGAAGGGAAGAAAGAUUCGUCUUCUGUAUCAGUAUCAGCAGUAGAAGAGAGGAAUGGGAGUGAGAUUGAAGGGGAGGGAAGGGAAGAGGGAAAUGAUGAUGAUGAUGAUGAUGAUGAUAUUGGCGAGAGAGGAACGAAAGCAGGGAUAGGUGGGAAGGGUGGGGGUGGGCGCUGGUUGUUCGUUUCUCAUGAUCCGGUUUCUAUAGACAAGGGACGGGAUCUGGCUGGGUAUCUGGGGAUGGAGAGGAGGAAAGGGGAUGGGGAUGAAGAGUUGGGAGUAGGGAUGGAGGCACGUGAGGUGCGGUUUGUGCAUUUUAAAUUCGAACCUAUGAUUCUCCACAUCCUAACCUCAUCUCUCCAACAAGCCCAAAACGUCCUCUCCGCAGCCCUGCAAGCCGGGUUCCGCGAAAGCGGAGCUCUGAACUUGGUAGCUGCGGGUGAACAGGCAACGCCGAUGGUGGGUGUCCGCUCCAUGGGGCUUGCGCUUGAGAGUAUUAUUGGGUAUGAAGAGGGGGGAAGCGGUAUUUGUAUGGUUCCGGAGGCGCAGUUGGGGAUGUUGCUGAGGGUGGGAAAUGAGAGGUUUGUGGAGAAUGGGAGGAGGAUUGCGCGGUUUAGGGGGCUGUUGAAGGAGCGUGAGGGAGAGGUGAAAGGGGGGGAGAAAGGGGAAAGAGGGUGA